CCGUCGCGCGGCGCGACACCGCCUCCGAGGGUCGCCGGUCGCCGGGCGCUGGAGCCAUGACCCUCCGCCGACUCAGGAAGCUGCAGCAGAAAGAGGAGGCGGCGGCCGCCCCGGACCCCGCGGCGCGGGCUCCCGACUCGGAAGUCGCUCCCUCCACUCCAGCCCGGACCCCGGCCUCGGGCCCCCGUGCUGCUGCCGCCAGCUCUGGGGCCCCCGGAGACGAGCUGUACGCGGCGCUGGAGGACUAUCACCCGGCUGAGCUGUAUCGCGCGCUCGCCGUGUCCGGGGGCACCCUGCCCCGCCGAAAGGGCUCAGGAUUCCGCUGGAAGAAUCUUGGCCAGAGUCCCGAACAGCAGCGGAAAGUGCUGACUUUGGAGAAGGAAGAGAACCAGACCUUCGGCUUUGAGAUCCAGACUUACGGCCUUCACCACCGGGAGGAGCAGCGCGUGGAGAUGGUGACUUUUGUCUGCCGGGUUCAUGAGUCCAGCCCUGCCCAGCUGGCUGGGCUCACACCAGGGGACACCAUUGCCAGUGUCAAUGGCCUGAACGUGGAAGGCAUCCGGCAUCGAGAGAUCGUUGACAUCAUUAAGGCAUCUGGAAACGUUCUCAGGCUGGAAACUCUAUAUGGGACGUCAAUUCGGAAGGCGGAAUUGGAGGCCCGUCUGCAGUACCUAAAGCAAACCCUGUAUGAGAAGUGGGGAGAAUACAGGUCCCUGAUGGUGCAGGAGCAGCGGCUGGUGCACGGCCUGGUGGUGAAGGACCCGAGCAUCUACGACACGUUGGAGUCGGUGCGCUCCUGCCUGUACGGGGCAGGCCUGCUCCCGGGCUCCCUGCCGUUCGGGCCCCUGUUGGCCGCGCCCGGGGGUCCCCGCGGGGCCGCGCGGCGGGCCGGGGGCGACGCGGACGACGCAGUCUACCACACGUGCUUCUUCGGGGGCGCCGAGCCGCCCGCGCCGCCGCCACCGCCCCCCGCCCGCGCUCCGGGCCCGGGCCCCGCCGAGGCUCCGGCGUCCACGCCCCGGGCCGCUCUGAGCCGCAGCGCCAGCGUGCGGUGCGCGGGCCCCGGGGGCGGCGGUGGCGGCGGCGGGGCGCCGGGCGCGCUCUGGACUGAGGCCCGGGAGCAGGCCCUGUGCGGCCCCGGCCUGCGCAAAGCCAAGUACCGCAGCUUCCGCCGGAGGCUGCUCAAGUUUAUCCCCGGACUCAACCGCUCGCUGGAGGAGGAGGAGAGCCAGCUGUAG